AUCCAUUCUUCUUGUUUUGCGCCAUCAAAAAUGUCUUCUGCAUACUUGCCAGUACUCUACUUGUUCCUUGGCUUGGUGGUUCUCACCACUCCAGCUCUUGCUGAUUACUCCAAGCCUCCCAAAUAUGGGCACAAUAACCCACCUGUUCCUAUUUACAAGCCUCAUCCACCGCCGGUGUACAAGCCUCCUCCAGUCGAGAAGCCACCACCGAAGUACUACAGGCCACCAACUCUACCUCCUAUAGUGGUAAAACCACCACCUUAUAAGAGUAAGCCACUACCACCUUAUAAGCGGAAGCCGCCACCACCUUAUGGACACUUCCCAGGACACCCUCCGGUGGACAAUGUCGAUAUCCCAUACAAGCCGCUUGGAAAAGUGUUCCCUCCUCCGUCACCAUAUAAGAAGCCACCCACCCCACCCUACAAGCCGCCCUACAAGCCCCCACCAUCAGUUAACUGAUGGAGUUUAUAUAUAUAUAUAUAUGAAAAUGAUAAAUCAGAUGCUAGAAAUAAGAGCAUGCAGUUGCCAAGUCAUACUAUAUAUGCAUCCAGAAAAUCAUGUACCCCAUGAGCUAGCGUAUCCUAGUUUCUGUAAUGUAAAUUAAGGAACGACUGCCUCCAGCAGCGUUAUUCUAUAAUAUAGAUUUCUUUCUUUUAA